GAAGGGUCCGCAUCUCCGCAUUCCUAUUCCGAGUGCGUGUCGGUAUACCUGCGGCGCGCUCCGGCAUCGAACGGAGACGGGUCAUGUCUACAGGCUAUAACAUCAAAAGGGCUUCGAAUUUUACUUUAAAACUUUGGCAUCACAUUUUCGAGAUGUUAUACUAACAUUUUAUGAAAAAAAAAUUGAAAAUUUUGAAGGUUGUAAAUGCAUUUCCCCCCUUAAUCUUUCGCACGUAUUGAUAUAAAACUUUACAACGUGUAUUAUAAGCGGCCAGCAAUCUACGAGCUGUGGACUGCCAAAAAAUAAAAAAUUCAGUACAUUAGAAUUAGAUCAAAAGAAAUAAAAUUAUGAAAAAAAAAUUUUCCAUACUUUUACACAUUUUGAUCUAAUGUCCUGAAUUUUCUUGACUCUGGCAUUUUCACAACCUGUAGAUUGCUGGCAGCUUAUGAUGUUAAUAUAUGUAUAUUAAUAUAGAAUGAAAUGAAGGCGAAAGACGACAAGUUACGAUUGGUGAAGCAAAUUUUAGUCGAUGACAAUGGCAUUAAUCCUGCAAUAGCGUCCGCGUCGAAGGAAGUUCCAGAAUUGACGACAAGAGUGAUCAGUCCAGAUAGAGAUACCAGAAUAUCACGAAAGGACAGAGUACCCGUUUCGAACCCGAGGUACAGACGAUCACAAAGUGCUGACAGAUGGAUCGAUCAUAGGCCUCAGACUCUUGUGCCAGUCGGGACUGUACUGCAACCAGUGAUACAAAGACGGCGAAGCGUAACGCAACUUACGUCGCCGAAAGAGAUUACGGAUGGCGCGUCUAGAUAUUGUCUUGUCGCGCAAGAGCUUGAUACAGACGGAGAACUUGAAACAAAAUUAUACAAGGGUGAUAUACUACCAACGAGUGGUGGCGGAGCACAGGUAGUAUUUCAUGAUAUGGAGUGUCUAAAACAAUCGUCGCCGAAAGCAAGGAAACGCACUGGACCUCGAGAAGAGGGAAUGGACCAAGUGGAAAUUUCUACCUUGACGGAAACGAAAAGACCACGAGUAUUACCCUCGUAAACUGAAUGUAUCAUUCGUAACUUACUCUAAAGCACAACGGAAAUGAGAUAUGCGAUGUAUCUUCCUUCGCACUAUAUAUUAUAUAAUUUUAUUAUUAUUAUAUAUAUAUUCUCUCUCCCCCUACUCUCACGUCCCCCCCUUUCAUGUAAAAAGACUUGUGAGAGGCGAUAUAUUUGAUGUAUGCACAUUUAUUCAUUCUUGAAAUCUAAUCGAAUUAGUGAUGUAAUUUUAUAUCUUAAAUCUCUAUAUCGCAAUUAUUUUUUUAUUUAUUUUUACAAGUUCCAAGAUAAACGGCAUUUGUACAUCU